AGCAGAUGGCGCAGUUAAGAUUUAGUCGUGUCUAGUUAACAGUAGUCGGGUGAGGACAGGUGAGGGGAGGCGUGUCUCUCCUAAACAGCUUUGUGAUUUUGGCUCGACGCGCCACACAUACACAUCGUCUUAUUAUUCAACGCUAGCAUAACAUGAUUUCCGUUACCGCCACGCUCAUUAAACGCACCCGCUUUGAUCACUGUGCGAGACGGAUACACUCCUCUGUUUUGCUCAAAAUGCCGAUCCAGGUGGGUGAACGUCUCCCUGCAGUGCAAGUCCACGAGGGCGAGCCAGGGAAUACGGUGGCAAUGGAUCAGCUCUUUAAGGGAAAAAAGGGCGUCCUCUUUGCUGUGCCAGGAGCUUUCACCCCUGGUUGCUCCAAGACUCAUCUUCCAGGUUUUGUGGAGCAGGCAGCGGACUUGAAGAUGAAAGGCAUGCAAGAGGUGGCCUGCAUUUCUGUCAACGACGCGUUUGUCAUGGCUGCCUGGGGAAAGCAGCACGGGGCAGAUGGCAAGAUUCGAAUGCUGGCUGAUCCUACUGGAGCAUUCACGAAGGCUGUGGACUUGCUGCUGGACAGUGAUCAGAUCGUGCAAGUCCUUGGAAACAAGAGAUCUAAGAGAUAUGCGAUGGUGGUUGACGACGGCGUCGUGAAGAAGAUCAACGUGGAGCCUGAUGGCACUGGACUGACAUGCAGCUUGGCGCCCAGCAUUCUCUCCGAGCUGUAGCCUUGCUAAAAAUGUCCCUACCAACCUAUAAAAGCUGCACUAACCGUUCCCAAUCUGUGGCAAAGCUUCGCCCGCAUCCCAAAGAGUACCAACAAAUGUUACGUAGAUGCUAGCGUCAAAAGAAAAGUAUAAAAUGCGCACAAAUAUGACAUGCAAUGCAAAGAACAGUGUACUACGUCAUGCACCUUGAGAGUUAAUACAAUGUAUUUGGAAAGCA